AGCAUUUCUCUUCUCUCUCUCUUAUCCCUCUCGCGAAGAGACACAACAACACUUCUCUCUCCUCUUGCGUGAAAGCUUAGGGUUUCUCCAAGAUUCGCACUCAAAUUAUACCCAUCUCCAGAAGAAUCGAUCCUCAUCCCUUCGGUAAUCUUCUUCUCCACAAGCUUCUCUAUCGAAUGAUACAGUUUCCUCCCGUCGCCGUGGAGAAUCGAGCUGGAUUUCAUAACGACGGUCUGAUUCCUUCGUCUCUGAUUACCCAGAACAAUGUGUUAAUGAAAGAGUGAAGCACCCAUCAUGGAACCACCCGUCAAGAUCAAUUCAAUAUCAGUAGAUCUAGCCAAGGCACCUGAUGAGAUAGACUCCGGGAAAUGCGAACAUUUCUCCAUACGUGGAUUUGUUGCUGAGAUCGGUGGAAGAGAUCACAGAAAGUGUUGGCCGUUCUCAGAAGAUAGUGUUGAGUUAGGGAACCACGAAAGCUACUCUCUUCCUUCUUUAUCCGUUGUGAAGUCUAGGUGGUGGCGUUGUGGGAGCUGCGUCAAAGAUAUCAAUGUCAAGAAGAUCAAUGACAGUGAUUGUGGGUUGCAAUCACACUCGAGGUCUGUUAAGGAGAAGAGCUUUAAAGCUGGCUCUUCUGCAGUUCCAAGUAGAAGAAGAUUGAACUGGCUUAGUGUCUCUGACAAGAAGACAAAGAAGAAUCAACUAACUGCAGCUACGUUGCUCAAGAAAGUUGGCCGCAGAGGUAAAGAUGCUUGUACCAAUAAUAGCAAAGGUAGCAAACUCGCUACUCCAAAGCAGGUUAAGAAGAGAUCUAAAGAGAGCAGAGAGGCGGUUAAUGGUGGAGAAGCUUUCAGAUCAUCUGAUAUUGCUGGUGUGGUUGAUGAUACGCCUGAUAAGGCAACCAAGAAGAAUGUUAUGUCUAGUCAUCAUGUUUUGGAGGAACGUGAUAACAAUGUGUCACCACAGAGUAGGAAGCUUAGGAAAACUAGGAAGGUUCGUCUACUCAGUGAGUUGCUGAGUACUAAAAGCAAAGAAACUCCGUCAAAAAGCGAAUCAUCCAGAGGUAGGAAAAGAAAGUCUUGUGGAGAUCAUGAAGAUUGCACAUCUGCGGAGAUGACCAAUUACGCCAGCAGGAUAUUAAGCACAAUGGGAAACAAAACUUCUGAAAACGCUUCCAAGAGUUGUGACUCUGGUGAAGAGUCAAGACCAAGUGGUGAGAGCCAAUCUACAGACAGCGGAUUUAACAAAGAGGGAAAGCAGAGAGACAGCAGGUUACAGGUUGUUGAAGCAGACACUGCACAAGUGAAUCCUUAUGACUAUGCCAGUCCUGUUCGCUCUUCGUUUUCAGGCAAGGAGAUGGUUCCUUGUCCUCUGCAUACUCAAAGAACAGAGAGAGAGGACAAAAAGAGAAAGAGGAAAGCUCCUAUAACAGAUUACACUAAGAGUACUAUUAUUACGUUUAGUAACAACAACAUGGAUGAUGGGAAUCUAGUUCAACCGAGAAAGCCAGAUACUCUAUGUCCGAGAACUACAAUGCCACAAUCUACUCGAGAUUUCUUGAAUUCGAAAUGGCUUGACAACUCUUUUGACAGAGACAAAUAUACCCCUCAGUUUGAUGAUGUUAGGCCUUUCUUUCCAUUGCCUUUGCAUGACCCAAUGCACUACAAAGAAGGUGAUGGUGCGAUGCUGAAAGGUAUAGAGACUAACCAUUUCCGAAACUUUGGUUCUUCCUUUAACUCCACCAAUGCGGAUGCGUGCUUGAGAACUGGAGUUAAUGUUAACUUCAGCAGCAACAUAGAUACCUUUAGUUCAUCUUCGCUGUUGACUGAUAAGCUAAGACACACCUCUUCUACCGAAGUUCCAUAUGGUUCUUGUUCUCUACAAAAGGAUAUCUCCACGGGACAUGGCAAGGGCAAGGCAUCUGAGCAUAUAGAUGACAUUCCCAUGGAAAUAGUCGAGCUAAUGGCAAAGAAUCAAUACGAGAGGUGUCUUCCUGACAUAGAAGAGGACAAACAGCCAACGACUAGCGUAUCCAAGAAUGCUCUGUUGAUUGAUCUCAAUGAAACAUAUGAUAACAGCAUGGACAACAACAACAACACAACAAGGCAACCAAAACCUCUUGUUAAAAAUGCUUGGAACAGCGACGCCGCCGCCACCAAGGAAGGACAGUUUAUGGCUGGAAGGCAGUGGAUAAGCAGUGUGCCUUUCGGGGUUGGGAAUACUCCUCUGAGCCGAGAUAACCAAUCCAGCUCCAUCCAGUUUUCAAGGCCUAGUAGCCAGUGGAUAAGUAGUGUGCCAGCAACUAUGGCUACUAACCAACAGAACCCGUUUAGGGUGCUGCGUGCGUGUAACACUUGCCAGAGUGUUCAACAGCAGCAGAGUAGAGAGGCUUCUCCUCGUCCUGUUUGGGUAUCUUCCACACCAGCUCAUCAUAAACCAGUUUCUCUAAACAUGCAGAAGUUUAUGGAUGAGUCAACAAAGGUGGAGAAUCCAAAUACAAGGAACCUAAAGUUUACUGAUAAUAACGGGAAGCAAAAGCUUGGGUUUGAAGGGGUUAGUAGCAGACCCUUGGACACUUAUUCUAAUGAAAGUAGCAUACCAGCGAUGCACCUGCUGAGCCUCAUGGAUCCGCGGCUGAGGUCUAACGUUCCCGUUGAUCAGAGCCGGAACACUACCUUUGCGAAGCCACCGGUUCACCUGUCUCAACCAGGGGACUCCGCAAAGCAGUGGCCGUUUGAUCUUUACAGCAAAAGAGUUGUAACUCCUGAGACUUCUCGUGGAAAUUUAGCCACCAUUCCACCGGUUGGGACGUCUUCAAUAUCGUUUCAAAGUGAAAAGACUUCUGACUUAAGAUUCCAAGCUUCAUGGAAUCAUCAUCAGGAGAAAAAAGACAACGAGUUUUGCCCAACUUACAAGAACGGUUCUCAGCAGAAGCAGGUGUUUACAAGCAGCAGCAGCGAUCCAGUGAGGUUCCAGCUUCUUGGAGCAUCAGAUUCAAUGAAGCUGCCUCUCAAAUAUCACAUGAAAGAUAAGGCCAAGAAACACAAGUCGAAAAAUCACAACUCCAACGUCUCUGCUUGUCCUCCAACGAGCACCACUUGUGGAAUUUUUAUGUGCAGCGUCAGUAGAAACCCAGCUGAAUUCACCAUUCCUGAUGCGCCUGGGAACGUUUAUAUGAUUAAGGGUGAAGAUCUUAAGGUCAGCAAACAGCCGAGCUUCAGGAAGAAACAAAACUUGUGUAAGCAGGAUGCAUUGAUGCAAAACAAGACCUCUUUUGCUCCUCCUGGUGCAGAGAAUGCCUGAAGUAUCUGAUUUGGGAGUUCGUUUUUUGGUCAGUGUGAAGCAGGUAAAGGAACAGGAGAGAGGGGCAUUGUAGAUACAGAGAGACACGCACCAUUCCUCUUUGCUUUCUUAUCAUAGAAGAUUAGUAUCUCCUCUUGUUUCUUUCCAGACAACUUAAAAGACUUUUUUUUGUAUGUUUGAUGUCUCAUCAAGUUCGAGAAUUGUAAUAUGGUAUGUCUCAUCAGGUUUCAGAAGUAAUAAAAUACUUUCUUUAUAUCUA